AUGGCAGCUAAUUCUAUCAAGUGUCUUCAGGAUCAGAAGGUAUUACUCCUGCAGCUCAGGAAUAAUCUUACUUAUGAUCCUCAGUUAUCCCCCAAUCUGGCAAAGUGGAACGACGCGAUUGACUGUUGUGAAUGGCAGGGUGUCAUUUGCAAUAGUGCAGGCCAAGUUAUUGGUCUUGACCUUACCCAUGAGUGGUUCUCGGGCAACAUCAAUGCAUUAGCAAAUCUUAAGUUUCUCUCUGUUAUCCGUCUUGACGACAACAAUUUAUCUGCUUCAAUUCCAGAGUUUUUCGCUGACUUCUCCAAUCUGUCUGCCUUGAGUCUAAGAUCCUGCAACUUGAUAGGACAAGUACCCAAGAAGAUAUUCCAGGUACCAACUUUGCAGACUAUAGAUUUAUCAGACAAUUUUAAGCUCGGGGGUACUUUACCUGACUUUCCUUCAAAUGGAUCUCUAAGGAGUCUGUUUCUUAGCUAUACAGAUUUCUCGGGAAAUUUACCCAAGUCCAUUGGGAACCUUAGGAUGUUAUCCGAUGUUUCGUUUUAUUCUUGCAAUUUUACAGGUCCAAUACCAUCUUCUAUUGAAAAUCUUACCCAUCUUGUUUCUGUGGAUUUCUCACUCAAUAGUUUCACUGGUUCAAUUCCAUCUUUUAGGCUAUCCAAAAAUCUCACUUAUGCAAACUUUAAAAGAAAUCUUUUUCACAGAUGA